CAAUACGCUCGCUUCGACGUGAUGACGUCAGCGCCGAGGCGUUCAUUCAGCGUCGAGUCUUUGGAGCUGAGUUCAGCUGUAAAUACUGGAAUAUCCCCAUCAGUCUACAAGUGAAGACGAGCAUCAGACCAUCAGGAAGAAGAGAAAUCUGCAAAGACUGAAGGACAGUGAGAAGAUGAGUGAUCCAGAACCCUGCAGAAUUAAACAGGAAGAGACUGAAGAAAUGGAAGUGAUGGUGAAGGAGGAGAGUGAAGAACUGAGUGACGAUGACGAUAAAUAUCAUGGCAUAUUUGAAGAAGAAACCCAAUCGGAGAUUGAUCAUAGUUUUUUCAUGAAUACAACAGCCGUAAAAGGUUUCAUCUGCACUCAGUGUGGAAAGAGUUUCAGGCAUAACCGCGAUCUCGUUCGUCACACGAUGAUCCACACUGGAGAGAAACCGUACCAGUGUUCGCACUGCGACAAGAGAUUCAAUGAUCCAGGAUACCUGAAAGCACACGAGAGGAUUCACACUGGAGAUAAACCAUAUCACUGCAUUGAUUGUGGGAAGAGUUACAUACAAUCAUCUUCUCUACGAAUGCACAGAUUAAAAUAUCACAGUCUGAUGAUGGAGGAGAGUGAAGCACUGAGUGAAGAUGAAGAUAAAACUCAGUCAAAGUCUGAAGACGGUUUUUUAUUUAAUACAGCAGCUGUGACAGGAUUCAUCUGCAGUCUGUGUGGAAAGAGUUUCAAUUGUAAAUACUAUUUCAAGCUUCACAUGAUGAUCCACACUGGAGAGAAACCGUACAAAUGCGACCAAUGCGACAAAACAUUUUUGAAGCCUUCAGACCUGAAGAGCCAUAUUAGAGUUCACACAAACGAGAGGCCUUACUCAUGCGCUGAGUGUGGGAAGAGUUUUACCCAUCAACUUUAUCUAAAAGCACAUGAGAAGAUCCACAGUGGCGUGAGAGAGUUUGCGUGCGAUAAGUGCGACAAGACUUUUCUAAGAGCUGGAAACUUGAAACGACACCAGAAGACUCACGCUAAAGAUAAACCUGGUAUUCAGUCGAGCAGCAGCAUGAGAUUCGAGCAGCCACAAAUCCUGAAAACACACAAGGGGACUCGCACCGAGGAGAAACCGGACAGUCAGUCAAACUGCAGCACGAGAUUCGAACAGCCACAAAUCCUGAAAACACAUGAGACGAAUCACACUGAAGAGAAGCCGGACAAUGAGUCAAACUGCAGCACGAGAUUCGAGCAGCCACAAAUCCUGAAAACACACGAGAGGACUCACACUGAAGAGAAACUAUACACGUGUAUUGAGUGCGGGAACAGUUUCAUGAAAUUUUCAUGGCUCUUUCACCACAUGAAGAGCCACACCGGAGAGAGAGCACACAAAUGUGAUCAGUGCAGCAAAACAUUUUCAAACCAUUCAGGCCUGAAGGAACAUCUCCGAGUUCACACAAACGAGAAGCCUUAUUCCUGCGCCGAGUGUGGAAAGAGUUUCAGAUAUCGGUCAAAUUUAAAAGACCACGAGAAGCUCCACACCGGUGUGAAAGAGCAUGUGUGCUUAGAGUGUGGGAAGGGGUUUAUUAGAGCUCGGGUACUGAAACAACACCAGAGGAUCCACACUGGAGAGAAACCGUACCCGUGUUCGCAAUGCGACAUGAGAUUCAGACUGUUACAAAACCUGAAACACCACCAGAAGAUUCACACUGGAGAGAUGGCGAACACGCAAUCAGUGUCUUAAUGAACAUGAGGAUCCACACUUGAGAGACGACACACAAGUGGGAUCAAUGCGGCAAAACAUUUUGGAAGGCUUCACCACUGAAGAAACAUCUUCAAGUUCAUAGAAAGGAGAAGGUUUAGCCAUGUUCUUUAGCUCCAUCAGCCCCCAACAAGAAUUUCCUAAUGAUUUUUCAUGAGAGAACUCAAGCAAAAAACAGUCAGUUAUAGUGUACAACUCUUAAGCAGCCUUAUGUCCUCAGCAACUUUAACUAAACUGAAGAACAACCUGAGAAAUCCAUCUGAAACCGAGUUAUUUUUGAGUUUGUUGUAGAAGUUUGAAUCAGAUAAGGGAGUUUGAUCUGCCAUUGUUCUGUGGUAGUUCGGCAGUCAGUGGGUUUGUUUUGGAGCUCCGGCUUGUUUGACAUGCAAUUCAUCACCAAACAGAUUACCAAAGUGAAAUUCUGGUUCCUAAACACCUUUGUGCAGUAUUAAAACUAUACCGUUGCCUU